AUGAUAUUGUUGUGUGAGGAGACAGCCAAACGCAUUUUUAGUACCGAAAUCUUGAAAAUACAUUUUCGAAAUUUACAGCAAUAUGACUCCCAGUCCUUGGCCAAAAGGACCACAUUGCAAUUUCACAAUAUACAAAAUUGGUUUAUCCAUCAUAAAUCAGGCCACAACAUCUUCAUUGCACAAACUCGGUUAUAUUCACAAAUAUUUCUGACUCAAAUAUUAAAAAUUUUAUUGGUUUGUACCCAAAUGUCGUUUAUUGAUGCACAUGAAUUUGUCGGUGAACGCAGUAAUGAGAUACAGGAAUUGGAAAAAUCUCUUCCAUCGCGCAGAAAAAAGAACAUGUUAUUCCAGAAAUUACCAUUUUACAUGCGUAGGCGCUCGGCAUCACACUACAGAAAGCGCAAGCGAAACAAGAAAAGUGAUUACUACGGCAAACGAUUCAGUAUGAUACAUGUUAAUGGACACAAAAUUGCUCAUAAACGGUUUGAAAAGACUUUUUCACUUCUGCACAAAGGCGGAAAUUAUAUUUAUAACAUGGUUCAUUACCAUGGAUAUGUUUAUCGUAUAGAUUAUGGCGUUGAACAGGAACUUAAGAACUACAAAUAUCAUGACAUAGAUGCGUCAAUAAACAGGAAAGAGCUAAAUGAUGAUCAGAGUUGCGGACAAGGACGUUACUACACGUCCAAUGGUGAUGCCCAUUUUACGUUACAUUUCAAUGAUGAAGGCAAGUUCCAUCUGUUUAAGACAAAGAAGACCCUCAUUCUUGUAACGGCUAGUGUUGUGCCAGAAUUUUUGCAAGCAAAGGAAAUUCUUUGCGAGACAGAAAGCAUAUUCGAAGUACUAAAAGAAAAGGAAUUAUCACGCUCCGGAGUUUAUAAGUUGACCAAUGGUACCAUUACAAAGAGCGAUGUAAUGAUCGACGAUUAUUUCAGCAGUAUACAAGAGGACCACGUUGUUAAACUUAAUGCUGAAUUUUCACUUGUUCUUAUUUUCAGUAACCUGAAGAAAAUAUUUGGUAACAUCAUCCGAGUCUGGACAAUAAUAGGACUGGAAGAGUACAUGAAGUUAUCGUUAGAUUAUGGGUUUUUUGUUUUUCCUUUCGAUGAUGUAAAUAGCGAUUGGUACAAACAAUACGAGAAGGAAGUGUUUUACGAAGAGAACCAGAAAUAUUUUAGAACACCGAGAGGAAAGAGAUAUGAUUAUUUGGCAUUAAAAGAGAACGAUAACAGUAAAAUGUCACCUUGUCCUACUAAUCAAACUAUCACUAAGGAACGCGACACACAAAGCAAUAUCUUUAUUUUUCCAUAUAAAUUUCCAUGUGCGCUAAAAUCGCAGUUCACGUAUUUAUUUAAGUGUGAUAAAGGAAAUUUACAAAGAUGUGCUCGCGUUUACCGCAUGGGGGAUGAAAGUGUUGUGUGUGGAUAUAUUUUGAGAGGAUCUUUCUGCUAUUCUGUUGGCAAAUAUAGAGGCAUCGUUGUUCUUUGGGAAGCCUGGGAUGAUAGUCAAGCGUAUUUUGGUAUGAACAUUCGUUCCUCGCAGAAAUACUCCCUCGUAAAGAUUAGUUAAAUAAGUGCUCUAGA